AUGCAUCAGACCUGCUGCAUGAGGUUCAGACUAUUGGCUAACAGUGUUUCGGGGGUCUGUUAUUGUGUUCACCUCUUUCAGCAUGCACCUUCCUCCCAAUCACCAACUAGUCAUCACCAGACCACCAAUAAACAAGAGGCAGAACAGGCCUGGAGACCCAAUCAAAAGAAACCUGCUGCAGGCCUGUCCCGUGGUUCGAACCUGAGCAGAUCCGGCAGCGUCAAAAACCUGAUCAGUAUAUUCUCCUGUCCUUCUUCUGGGACCCAACAGAGCUUUUCACCUGGAACACUCCCAAGAGCUACUUCUACAGAAGCUCUCUACCCUUCCAGGUCAAAGUCAAGCCCUUCAACACGGAGCAAAGUCGAAAAAGACGACGCUUUUGUUCCCAGCAUCACCGUGACCCCUCCGUUCAGGGAAACCAGUCAGAAAGUGGCAAUGAAAGGAAGCUUUAACAGUCAGAUCGCUGCCAGGAUCGAUUGUCCGGUAGAUGUCAAUCGAUCGGCUGAGAAGACUGCUUCGGUUCCACUGAGAAAAACACAAACCAAAGACUCUGGUAACGACUCGGUAGCUGACUCCGGCAUGGGAUCGGAGUCAGAAUUGGAUUUGAACAAGCAGCCGGACAGCCCGUUGUCAGAGGAUGAGCCCACCACACCCCGAGUGGUGCAGGCCACCCAGAAUCCCAAAUAUCAGCUGUUCCUCAACAACGACUACAAGGUCAACGGGUUGAGUGGCAAGGAUGCAGAUGGGCCAGUUGGAGGUGGCGGGACGGGGGGGGAGAACGGCCCUCGGUCCCGAUUCGAGAGCAACCGGCUGGGACAGGACCAAAACCAAGGGUCCCUGGAGUCCCUGGCCUCGCGGGACUGGGACAACACGUCUGACAGGCAUGGAGUUGUUGACAGCCCUCCCCGGGUGUUCAACAGUCCGUACUCCGCGACCACCUCCAUGGAUUACAACCCCAAGCACCGGAUGUCUGAGUUCAAGGUUCCAGGGGGCAUUUCUCCUGCCACCUCGGAGAUGAACCUGUACAGCUUCAACAGUCGCAGCACCAGUCCUGUCUGCACGCCCACCCAAACCCGCCCCCGAUUCUCCGCUUACGACACCCUGGUGAAGAGAAGGGCCGAGGUCAACAACCAUGUGACUGUGAGUGCAGUGCAGCCGGCACCGUGGAUAACUCCUGCCGGCCGGACCCCCGCACUCGGACCUGCGUCUGUAAGCCGGGUUUCACUGGACACCACUGCGACACCUGCGCUCCUGGUUUCCACGGACUCAACUGUCAGGGAAAACCUGGAGAAGCAGACGCAGCACGCCCAGUCUCUGUCUGAUAAGUUGUGGGUGACAGAGAGACGACUGGAGGAGCUGGAGGUGGACAAAGAGACCAGAGACAAGAGGACAACCGAACUCAACAGCAACCUCUUCAGGAUGGAGACAGAGCUGGCGGAGGCCCUGCUGGUGUCCACGCAGGCUUCAGUCGAGCUGAGCCUCCAUCAGAAGCUGCGUGUGGACGAGCAGCAGAGGGUGGACGAGCUGGAGGAGGAGCUGCUGGAGAAGGAGCAGGAGCAUCAGAGACUGCAGAGCCUCGUGGGCCGCCUGCAGGGAGAGGUCUCUGGAAAGCUGAUUGAUAGGGAGCAGACUCUGGAGGAGGAGAUCCAGCUGAGAGAGAAGAUCCAGCUGCAGUGUAAGCAGGCGGAGAGGGCGUUGGAGGACCUGAAGAUGGAGCUGCAGACCACCAACCAGGCCAAAGACGACCUGGUCAAACAUGUCAAACAGUCCCAGGAGAAGAUGAUCGACCUGGAGACCGAUCUGGAGGAGCUGCACGACAGCGAGCAGAGGUGGGCGGCCAAACACAAGAGAGCCAUCGAACAGACUGAGCAGCUGCAGCUGAAGCUGAUUCAGGAGAAAGACCUCAACGACCUGUUGGAGAUGGAGAAGGGUUCCGCCGAGAGACAGCUGCGGGAGCUGCGUCUGGAGGUGGAGGAGCUCCAGAGCUCCAGGGUUCAGGAGGAUGUGGUCUCCAGAGCGGAGAGCCGAGUCAAGGAGAUGGAGAACACGCUGAGGAACGAGGAGAGGAACAAGUCUGUUCUGACCAACACCAUCAGCAAACUGGAGAGGAGGAUCAACGAGCUCAGCGACCAGAUGGAGGAGGAGCACAGGAUAGCUAAUGAGCAGAAAGACCUGAUGACCCAGAGGAUGCGCUCUCUGAAGCGGCAGCUGAACGAGGCGGAGGAGGAGGCGAGCCGGAGGGAGGGGCAGUACCGCCACACCCAGAGAGAGCUGCUGGAGGAGAGGGAGACCAGCAGCCGGCUGCAGAGGCAGGCGCUGGACCAAAGCCUGCAGAACAAACGUAAGGACACUCUGACCAUCCGUCAGACUCUGGAUAGCCUGAGGCUGGACCUGAGCGUGGACGAUGAAGAGGAGGAUCAGCCACCGGAGGAACAAACAACAAACAAUGUCACCAAAGUUUGAACCCUCCCACUUCACACAUUAACCAAUAACAGCACAUCUCUACUCUGACACUCAGGGUGCGGUGACAUUUUCUAAAGCUGCCGACACCACUUUCUCAUGAAAAUGGAUAAAUGCUGCAUAUGAUCAAAGCUAAAAGUCCACCACGGUCUUUGCCUCUGACACUUUGAAAUAAUCACUGAUCUCUGAUGUGUAUUCUAGAAAAUGCCCGGAAAAAAAGAUCUGAUAUGGUAACAAAUUAUAGAAAAUAAUUAGAGACAAAGUUAAAAAGGUGAGCCUGUUCAAUUGACACCUUGCAUGUAUUUUAUUAAGUGCAACUGUACCAAAUGAACUGAAUGAAAUGUGAACAGUAUUCUCUCUAGAAUUAUUUACAAAUUAAUUUCUUUGGUCGCCCUCUUGUGGUUACUAUUAGGAAUUACAGCUAUCAAUUAAAAACCCUAAAAACAAAUGGCAGUCAAUACAGCUGUCAACAUUGAAGUCAAAUGCCUGCUUCGACAUGUGGAACCUAAAAUGUCUAUUACAUAGAAUAUUAAAUAAAUGCAUGAUCUGCUUGUUUGCAUACAUGUACAGAUGCUUGGUGCGAACAGAUGCUGACAUACAUUAGGGAAAUAUUACAAGUGGCGUGAUAAGGAUAAAUAUGCCUUUUUUUUUUAUUUGUGUUCUUGGAGUUGCUGUUUAAUUGAGCUUCAAACAGCAUGAAGUACAUUGAAGUGUGAAUUUCUCGAUAUCAGCCAAUAGGCGUUAUGGCCUGAACGGACACUUUGGAAGGGGACUCCUUUAAAACCUCUUUUUAAUUUCAUUUUUUAUUGAAAAAGUGAGUUUCAAUUUCAAAAGAAUCACUGGUUACCACGUAAAUUUGACAAUUUAGAGCUAAGCUAACGGUUCUUUCAUAUGGAGGGAUGUUCUAUCAUUGAGUUUAACAUGUGUUUAUCUGCUAAAUUAGAAAAUAUUCCAAACAAGUUGAAAUGCAGGAGAGGGAUCUUAGCUGUUUGAUUCACCAACAAUUAUUUAUAUUGACCGUAUUUUGUAUGUUUAUAAUGUUUUUAUGAUACCAAGAUUAUUGAAUAUUCUGUAUUUGCAAUUGCUUCUGGGGCAAACAUAAUUUUUAGAGAAUUUAAUGUAUGAUUUUAGUGCGGUAUUUUAGGGGGUUUGCUGCUGUAUUGAUGUAUCUUAAUGUGCCUCCUACAUACGCUUCUGUCCAGGUGAUAAGAUUAAGGGAUAAGAUAUUUUGUAUCAGCAAAGAAGAUGAUACAAAAAGGGGUUUUGUUUCACACUUGGCGUCUUUGUUAAAUGUGUUUUAUUCAAGUCACUCAACGCGGACUCAAAUAAAAAAAAGAAAGGAACUGAGACGUUUUAGCUCUCAGAAGUAAUGUCUACAGAGGGUUUGGAUCCAAGAUGUGUGUUAAUGCAAAGUGUGCUUUCUGUUCAUUGUUUGGCAUGCUCUUAUUUUGAAAGGAAAUAACUUUUCAAAAGAAAACCACGUGUACGGACAGAGGCUGGGUUGCGAAAUUCAAAUCAGUAGGAAAUGAGGUUUCAAUCCAAAAAUAAUGACAAGCAUCCAAUAGGUACUUUAAUUUGAAAAUAACUCACUGAUUGAGUUAUUAAAUUGAACCCAGCCCUGUUCCUACUGUCCUCUGCUGGAACGAUGUGUAUGUUAAACACACAAGGCUAAUAUUCAUAAGCUAAUAUUCAGAUACAGUUUGGAUUCUCUGUUAUGUUUACAUUUGUUGGUGUAUUUAGAUUUGUUGUUGAAACAGGAAUACUAAUCACAUGAAAGAGUUUCCCAGCUGUUUGAAUGUGUGCUUCAGUGUUUCAAAUGUCUUUGCGUUUAACAUUCUCCAAACAAAAAGAUAUGUAUAAAUAAAUAGAUUUCAUUGACUUAUUUUUGUAACUUCACUUCACACUCUACUGGUUCUGCUGUUCUCGGGUAUUUAUUUUUCACAUUCUCUCUUUUGGUGAGAAGUUUCUUAUAAUAAACUCCUAUGCACUGUGA